AUGGUCCCGAGGCGCAUACUGCUGCUUCUGCUCGCGCUUGCGGCCGCGUACCAUGGCGGAGGAGCGCCACGCGCGCAGGCCGCCGGCUGGCUGGGCGGUCUGAGCCGGGCGUCGUUCCCAAAGGGGUUCGUGUUCGGGACGGCGACGUCGGCGUACCAGGUAGAGGGCAUGGCGGCCGGAGGCGGCCGCGGGCCCUCCACCUGGGACGCAUUCGCUCAAACCCCAGGAAAUAUUGUGGGAAAUGCAACUGCAGACGUUACUACGGAUCAAUAUCAUCAUUACAAGGAAGAUAUAAAUCUCAUGAAAGGAUUAAAUUUAGAUGCCUAUCGGUUUUCAAUCUCAUGGUCCAGAAUCUUCCCAGAUGGUGAAGGAAAAGUUAACGAAGAAGGUGUAGCAUAUUACAACAAUCUGAUAGACUACCUGCUUCAGAAAGGCAUUACUCCUUAUGCCAAUCUUUACCACUCUGAUCUCCCUCUUGCACUUGAGAAGAAGUAUGGAGGCUGGUUAAGUUCAAAGACGGGGGAAAUAUUCACAAACUAUGCCGACUUCUGUUUUAAGACUUUUGGCAAUCGAGUAAAGCACUGGUUUACAUUCAACGAACCUCGGAUAGCUGCAUUCCUUGGCUAUGAUAUAGGGAGCAUUCCUCCUCAAAGGUGCACCAAAUGCGCUGCAGGUGGAAACUCAGCUACGGAACCUUACAUUGUCGCUCAUAAUUUUCUCUUAGCACAUGGUUAUGCAGUUGCAAGGUACCGGAAUAAGUAUCAGGCAGCUCAGCGAGGGAAGGUCGGAAUAGUUCUGGACUUCAACUGGUACGAGGCUCUUACCAACUCAACUGAAGACCAAGCAGCAGCUCAAAGAGCAAGAGACUUCCAUGUUGGUUGGUUUGUUGACCCACUAAUCAAUGGACAGUACCCACAGAUAAUGCAAGACCUUGUGAAAGAGAGAUUGCCAAGGUUCACUCCUGAUCAAGCUGAAGUAGUCAAGGGCUCAGCAGACUAUAUUGGGAUUAAUCAGUACACAGCUAGCUACAUGAAGGGACAGAAAUUGCUGCAGCAGCCUCCGACUAGCUACUCAGCCGAUUGGCAGGUUGAUUAUGCCUUUGAACGCAAUGGCAUACCAAUUGGACCCAAGGCGAACUCUGACUGGCUUUACAUCGCCCCGUUUGGGAUGUACGGAUGUGUGAACUACAUCAGGCAGAAAUAUGGAAAUCCAGCCGUCGUGAUAACUGAAAACGGAAUGGAUCAACCUGGUAACCUUACCCGUGAUGAGUACUUGAACGAUGUCACCAGAGUUCAGUUCUUCCGGAGCUACCUUAACGAGCUGAAGAAGGGCAUCGACGAUGGUGCGAACGUGGUUGGCUACUUUGCGUGGUCUCUCCUCGACAACUUCGAGUGGGGAUCUGGCUAUACAUCCAAAUUUGGCAUUGUGUACGUUGACUUCAACAGCAGCACCCUCGAACGGGCCCCGAAGGCGUCAGCCUACUGGUUCAGAGACCUGCUGCAUGUCAAACACUGAUGGAGUGCAGU